GGGAACAGCGGGUGAGUACAGUCCUACUCGCUGUUUGUAUCUAUGAAGUGGUAAAGAUGGCGGAUUUCCUGCCGUCACGUUCCGUCUUAUCUUUUUGCUUCCCUAACUGUGUCCUCACAAGCGGCGAGGCAGAACAGUUAAGGAAAUCUAAAGAGAUAGAUAAGUGUAUUAAUCGAGAUAAGACUAAAAUGAAAAGGUUAGUAAAGAUCCUAUUACUUGGGGCAGGCGAGAGCGGCAAGUCCACUUUCCUCAAGCAGAUGCGCAUUAUCCAUGGAGAGGAUUUCGAUCAGAAGGCCAAAGAAGAGUUUAGAGCCACGAUUUUUAGUAAUGUUAUAAAAGGUAUUCGAGUGUUGGUGGAUGCUCGAGAGAAGUUGCACAUCCCAUGGGGUAACCUGUCCAAUCAGCAGCAUGGUGAGACCAUGAUGUCAUUUGACACUCGUUCAGCGAUGGCUAAUGGCCACGGCAUGGUGGAGCCCAAAGUUUUUCAGCACUACCUGCCAUCCAUCCGCGCCCUGUGGGCCGACCAGGGCAUCCAGAAGGCAUAUGACCGCCGCAGAGAGUUCCAGCUGGUGGAAUCAGUCAAGUAUUUCCUGGACAAUUUAGAAAAGCUUGGACAGUCGGACUACCUCCCCAGCCAACAGGACAUCCUCCUGGCCAGAAAGCCCACCAAGGGCAUCUACGAGUAUUGCUUUGAGAUUAAAAAUGUGCCUUUCAAGAUGCUGGACUUAGGCGGUCAGCGCUCUCAGAGGCUGCACUGGUUUGAUUGCUUUGAUUCAGUCACUUCCAUCCUCUUCCUCGCUUCCUCCUCUGAAUAUGACCAGGUGCUGAUGGAGGACCGACGGACCAACCGGUUGAUUGAGUCCCUCAACCUCUUUGAGACUAUUGUCAACAACCGGAUUUUCAGCAACGCCUCCAUCAUCCUUUUCCUGAACAAGACGGACCUGCUGGAGGAGAAGGUGAAACAAGUAUCCAUCAAAGACUACUUCCCUGAAUUCCCAGGCGAACCCACGAGCUUGACAGAUGUCCAGCGCUUCCUGGUAGAAUGCUUUCGCAAAAAGCGCCGUGAGCAGCAGCAGCAGCAGCAGAAGCAGCAGCAGAAGCCACUGUACCACCACUUCACCACAGCCAUCAACACUGAGAACAUCCGGCUGGUGUUCCGUGAUGUCAAGGACACCAUCCUUCAUGACAACCUCAAGCAGCUGAUGCUGCAGUGAGGGGACUGACCAGGAGGAAGUGGAGGCAGAGGGGUAGGGAGCAGGGAAGCAGACAAAAAAACGGGUGUCAUGUCAAGGUGCCCCCACCCUUUUAAUUUCCAUACAUAACACCCCACCCACCCACACAAUGCCCACCAGCACCAUCCUGUAAGGCAAAGUGGGCAGGCUCCCUCUACCGGUUCACCUUUUCCUUCUUAACUUUGACCCACUCCAUAAUUUUGAACUUAAACUGUGUUUUAAAGCCACUACUACUACUACUAUUCCCCCCAACACUUGCUCUCUGCCUUACUGAGCUUUUUCACAGAGCCUUUGACCCAUCAAACUGCUAUAAAUGACCUCUUAACCUCCCUGGUAUCUUUUACUGUAUAUCCUCCCUAUGUUUUUCUGACUCCCGUCCACUCACCGUCCUUUUUUAUAUGCUGCUCUGACCACUGUUGCUACGAGGGAGGAGGGGUGGGCUUGGUUUAAAUUGGUGUUGCUUCAUAACCAUCAAAGCCACUUGCAUGUGCAGGGUAAUAUCAGUGACUCUUGCCAGGUGUUGCCUUCCUUUACAGAACGUCUUUUGUUAUGUCUUUGGUUUUACAUCUGCUUUCCGCUGCCACUUGGUGAUGAUAUGGGUAUUUCCUCUGAGAGCAGUGGAACAGGAAGGAAAAGGGGAAAAAACACACACACAGGUAGGAAUUUCUGUUUCAAAGUCCACAUAAUUAUUUUUCUAAUCAUUGAGUCUGUAUUUCUAAUAUACUGAAACCUGUAUGUGUUUUUCUUUAACUUAUAGCUUAUAUAGUGGUUUACACAUUGUGGAUUUGUGACUGCUGGUGGACUCUUACUAUUAAAUAUGUGUGUGUGUGU